AUGGUAAAAGUAAUUAAACAAAAAGUACAAGCCAUCAAGGAAGAAAUUCGACGGGAAACACAAACAUGGAAACAAGAUUUAAAAGAAGAUAUGGAAAAGACAGAACAGGAGAUAGCAAUGGUAGCGAAUAAAACGAUGGAAAUAGAAGAAACAAUAAAGAAACAGGAAGAUGAAGUGAGAACUAUUGGAAGAAAUGUUUCGAAUAAUACUUACAACAUUAAACAGGUGAAACGACAGGUGGAAGAUAGAGUAAGUGGGAACAGAAACGAGAUGGAAUUGGAAAGAAGAAGAACAAAAGAACAAAUAGAAGAACUCCAAAAAGAAGUUGACAGAAGAAUUAAAGAAAUAGAAGAAGGAAGAUUAGAUGAAGAUACUAAACUGGAGAGAAUAAAGGAAAUUAUGAGAGAAAACUUGGAAGCAGAAGCACUGAUAUGGUUCAAUGGCAUAGAAAAUGAUGUUCAAGAUUACGAAUAA